AUGCGUAUCCAAUCUCUCGUUCUUUUGGCCGGUGCCACUACCGCCCUCGCUGCUGAGACAGUCACUCUUUUCCUGCCCGGCUUCGAUCAGCAACAAGCUGUGGGGAAGGUCAUUGGCACUAGCGGCUCUAUGACCAAAUACCUCAUUAACUGUCCCGACGAAGUUGAAUCUGACGAAUGUGGUAUCCCCCCUAACGGUGUCACCGUCGCUCAAGGCCCUUCAACCGUCAGCCUGUGGUACGGCAUAUACGAUAUCACUCUCGUCGAGAGCUGUACGUAUGAUUCCAAAACCGCGAAGUGCGGCGCAACCAUGGACGAGCAUGGAACGACCUCUUCUUCAGAGGAGUCUAUCGCUAUCACUGAUAUCCCCGGUGGCGCGUUUAUGCCUGUGACUAUUACCGCAACUGGAACCGACAACGCUUCCGCUACUACUGGUGCCUCCGUCUCGGCUUCCACUGCUGCCUCGACUAGCGGUGCGACUUUGACUACCUCCGCUUCUACUAGCACCGCUACUGGUACCAGCACUGCUGGCGAGUCUUCCGACAGCAGCAGUGCUGCCGCUACCAGUGCGACUGAGACUGGUAACGCUGCUAUGCCUAUGAUCACUGGGAAUGUGCGCUGGGCUGCUGGCGGUGUUGCAGCUGCACUGGCCCUCGCUGCUCUCUGA